AUGCUUUUUAGCUACGAAUGGGUGGAAUUGUUGGAACCGUCUUCGCAAAAAGUGAUUUUUGCCAAUUUGGAAUCUGGUGAAAUUCGUUGGGACUCGCCUCCAAAUGCGCGAGUGCGCCCGUUGGCUAGUGAACAAUGGUGGGAGCUCUAUGACGUGAAUACCCAGCGCCACUACUAUCACAAUGUCCGCUCCGGCAAAACAGAAUGGCAUCGUCCCUCCUCUGGAGAUGUGAUCCCACUCUCAAAUCUACAAGUGGUUGAUUCAUAUUUCUUGAUUUAUCCUCUGUUCCCUCAAGAUUUUAGUAGGUCUGCUAAAUUACAUAUAUUGCAUUUUUCUAGUCUAACAGCCAAUUUCUUACCAAAUCGCACAGCACUCGUGUAA